UUCACUUCGCAACGACCGUCCAUCGAGGAUGAACCGAGACAGUGUGUUCCUCUUUGCCAUCCUGUUCCUGGCCUUGUCCAUGGCCUACGCGGAACUCGUGCCGUGGCGGGAAUGUGUUUACCCUGAUCCCAAUAUCACGAGUAAGUGUACCAUUCACGAAGUAUACAUAGAUCCCUGCAAAGAAGUUGCAGAAGGGAAACCAUGUAAGAUAAAAAGAGGAAUUACUGGAAAUAUGACAUUCCACUAUACACCUGCUUUUUCGUCGGAGGAAAUGCAAGGUCGAAUAUUUUGGGCAAGUGAGGUAAUGGAUAUUCCAUUUUUGGGAAUGGAUUCUAAUGCCUGCUUGUCAACUACCUGUCCGAUCGAGGCAGGCCAAAGGAAUAUGUACCACGUAGAAAUACCAAUUUUGAAAAAAUACCCUGUUCGAACGUACGAUCUUAAAUGGAAAAUCUGGAACGAAAAGGACGAAGAAUGUUGUUUUAUGUUCCAAAUUAAAAUAACAAAAUGAUAAUAAUUGUACGUGAUUCAUCGUCCCACCUCGCUCAAUGAAUUAAAAUUUGCGAUUCGCUAAUUUAACAAAAUAAACGGACAAUUGUCGACAAA